CAUUAUUGAUUUGUGUUAUCAUUUUGGCUUAAAAAAGGAACUAUUUCUGUAAUUCUAAGCGAUGACCAACCCCAUAGAGUCGUCAACUUCAACGAGCGACCCGAAUCCAAUCGUUAGCACCAUCAUUAUCCUCCACCCUCGACGCGAGCCUUUCGAGCAUGGCCUUUUACCAAUCCAGAAGCUCAUAUUCACCGACCCGGUCCAAGCACUAUCUUCUCUCAAGCAAAAACUCUCGUCUUCCUCAAAUCGCCGAGUCGACUCGGCGGCGCUCGCUGAUGCGCUCCAGAUCUCAUACAACCACGCGCGUCUCAUCCUUGAGACCCUCGCCUCGGUUCUCCACUCCGAAUCCGAUCCACUCGUCAAUGCCCGGCCCGAGGAUGUAGAUUCCAUCGGUGCCGAUUUGCGUGAUCUGUUGCUGUUUUUGUACAUUCAAUCUUAUAAGAGGCUUGUUCCUCGCUCGCAUAAAGACUCUGUUGCGGUUGCCGAUGUUUGGCCUUCAACGUCAGCUUUCGACGGUUUCUUGUCGGCCCUUUCUCCUUUGCAGCUUGUCCGCAGCAACACACGUCGGUUUAUGCCUUCACAGGCUGAUGAAGAGGCCCAUCAAUUGUCCCAUCUUCAAAAGCAUUUGGAAAAUAUUCUCUUUCUUUUGUCAGAGCCUGUGGAGGGGGAAGAUGAAGACUCUCUGGUUUUAACUAUGGAGGGAUUUGAGCACCUGGGAUUUCUAAUUCAAUUUGGUGAUAAGGGAUCUGAAGGAAUUCCAUUAAGCCAAGCUGCUCCCUUUUUUGCUAAUUCAUACCCAGACAUGCCUGCUGUUCCCGUUCCAGCAUCACAAGUUCACGAUUGGCUUCUAGAAAAUAUAGCUUCUUCUUUACAGCAUCUUACUGAAAAAAUAUCCGCAAAAGAAAAUGGUCCUCAAGGUGGCUCUGAUCAGGAUGUUGCUAUGCCUGAUGCUAGUUCUAGUUCUAGUUCAGCUAAAGCCUUACAAAGUACGAGGAAUUGUUGCUUCAUUGAGGGAGUCUCUAAAUCAUCAUAUGUAAAGCCGGCAUCUGAUCUUAAACAUUCUUCUGUGAAGGUAAUUAAUUGCUAUGAUUCAGUUAUUUACAUUCUAGCGCCUUUGAGAUAUGCUACCAUUUAUGGUUGCUCUGAUGCUACUAUAGUUCUUGGAGCUGUUGGCAAGGCAGUAAGAGUUGAACAUUGUGAACGAGUUCAUGUGAUUAUAGCUACAAAACGAGUCUGCAUUGUAAAUUGUCGUGAGUGUUUAUUCUUUUUGGGAGUGAACCAGCGUCCCCUUAUUGUUGGCGAUAACCACAAGCUACAGGUGGCACCAUAUAACACGUUCUACUCUCAGUUGGAGGAGCACAUGACUGAAGUUGGCAUUAAAGCCACCAUCAAUAAAUGGGAUGAACCUUUGGCACUUGGAGCUGUUGAUCCGCAUGAUUCGUUAUCUCAUCCUGCAGGUGUUUCUGAUGCUCAAGCCGAGUCAGCUGCACUCUUGGAUUCUGAUCAGUUCACAAAUUUUCUGAUCCCGAACUGGUUUGAAGGCGAAUCCACAGGGUUGACAAAGGAUAAUCCUUUCCCCUUACCUGAUGCAUACUUGACAUCUCAACAAAGAAAUCAAAAGAAUUUGCAUGAGAUAAAGCAAAUAUUGAGAGAAGCUCCACUAGAAGAAAAUCGUAAAAGAGAGCUAUCAUCGGCCCUUCACGUAUACUUCAAGGACUGGUUAUACGCUUCCGGAAACAUUCGUCAGCUGUACUGCUUACAGGGUGAUUAAGUUGUCGAGGAUUAGACGAGUUGUAGAGAGACGGUUUAUGAUUUUCAUGCAUUUUCAAGCCCUUCUGCCGGUUCCCAGGGUCAUAUCCGUGGGAGAAAACAGGCAGCUGAGUAUGAUCAGCCUUGUUAUUUGGAACGACAGCAAAAAUAUUUAUGGAUGAUCGGCUGCUAGUGGUCUUGUGCAAUCAAUUACAUAUUAGACUUUGGCUAAUCUCAAUGUGCACAUCUUUUAACCUACGCUUGCAGUCUUGGUGAAUUUUGUCA